AUGUCAACUUUUAAUCAAGCAUUGAAGGAACCGUCGAUUUCUGAGCAAAUCAAGCCUACUGAAAUCUCUCUGUUGGCUGGGCUGCAAAACGAAGAAAAGACCCAGGUUGCUGUAAAAACAAGUGCACAGAAUGAAGAUCUGCUCGAGUUUGAAAGGGGCGAAAGCUCCGACCAACCGCAAGAUGCUAUUCUUCUCGGAGCCGCAAAGGUGGAAGCGACACUUCUUGUGUGGAGCAAGACUGCAGUAUACUUUACAUUCCUUUGGAUCUGGGUAUGUUUCUUCUUGUUAAAUUUGCAGUCUUCCAUCGCAUCGAACAUCAUGUAUUAUGCUUAUGCGGAUUUUGCUGCUGCACCACAAAUAAAUACUGCUUUCAUUUUGUCCUCUAUAAUCGGUGGAGUGUUGCAAUUACCCAUCGGUAGAGCAUUGACCAUUUGGGGCCGUGCAGAGGGAUUUCUCGUUGUCUUAUCGGUGUACGUUCUUGGUCUAAUUGUGUCUGCUGCUUGCACGGGUCCGGAUUCAUUUGCGGCUGGAUACGUCUUGCACUCGGUAGGCUACCAGUCAUUGGGGUUUAUUCUCAGUGUUUUCGUAGCUGAUGCUUCAGGAUUGCGUAACAGGGGACUAGCAUAUGCCUUUGUUGGUACACCAACACUAUGCACUGCUUUUACCGGGCCACUUGCUGCGCAAUCCUUCAUCAAAAUGUCCUCCUGGCGUUGGGCAUACGGUACCUUUGCCAUAGUUCAAACCGUCACAUUUAUUCCCCUUGCAGUCUUAUUCAAACAUUUCGAAAAGAAAGCGAAAAAAGAAGGCAUUCUCAAUGAGGUCGACAAAGGACGCACAACGUUGCAAUCAAUUGUACAUUAUUUUCACGAUUUUGAUAUUGUGGGUGCAUUCGUUUUGUCAUCUGCGUUCAUUCUCCUAUUACUCCCUUUUAGCUUGAAAACAUACGGAAGAACCGAGUACAAAAGUGUCACUUUCAUCAUUAUGGUGGUUCUUGGUGGACUCUUGAUUCCUGUCUUCGGGAUAUGGGAGAAGUACUUUGCAAGAACCCACUUUAUCAAAUGGCAGUUGUUCCGGGACCGCACCGUCUUGGGUUCCUGCGUUCUUGCUGCAUGCAUUUUCUUCAACUUUUACUGCUGGGAUGCUCAAUAUUACAAUUUUGUAAUCGUGGUGUACAACUUGAGCGUAUCCAUGGCAGGAUAUAUGGCACAAAUUUACACUGUGGGAUCAGUAAUUUGGUCAGUGCUAUUCGGCCUUUACAUUCGUCAGGUCAAUAGGUUCAAAAAGGCUUGCCUCUACUUUGGACUUCCACUCAUGAUGCUUGGUGCCGGUCUAAUGGUCCGCUUUCGUGGUCAAGAGUCUAAUAUUGGAUACAUCAUUAUGUGUCAAAUUUUCCUUGCGUUUUCUGGCGGUACUUUAAUCAUUGGCAAUGAAGUUGCAGGUUUAUGCGCAGCAGAUAUUGGCGAGAUUCCAAUGAUCCUCUCGCUUCUUGGGCUUUGGUCAAACCUCGGUGGAGCGAUCGGUUCUGCUGUGGCUGCCGCAAUAUACACCAACACAUUCCCUAGCACUCUUUACAAGAAUUUACCCGAGAGUGCUAAACCCAACGCAACUGAGAUUUAUCUUGGUGGUUAUACUACACAAAUGCUUUAUCCGGUCGGCAGCGACGAGAGAAAAGCCAUUAAUCAAGCAUGGGGCCAAACUCAAAAGAACAGUUGCAUUGCAGCUUUAUGUGUGAUGGUGUUAGCAUUUCCAGCAAUAGCUUCAUGGAAGAAUUACAACGUAAAACUGACCCACCAUAAAGGAAUAGUUUUAUAG